AUGCUCAAAAAGCUGCUUCUCUUCCUCGAGGCCAUGGCCAGUCUAAAUGAGUCAAGUGCGCGGUUUUACUCCUACAACAAGAUGUACAGUUAUGAUACGCGACUCCAGAGCUUUGCCGAUUGGCCUUUUCGUGAGGAAUGUCAAUGCACACCUGAAAUGGUAAGAUUAAGAAACCACCAUUCAGUAUCACACAAUGUUUCCUGUCAGCGAGGACGCUGGGGUCACCUGUAGCUCUCAAACCCUUCUCCGUUUGUACAGUGUCCAGCAGUUAAAUUUGCCCACUGUUGCCUCAGUGUGAACUACAAUUCCGAUGCCGUCUUUUAAUGUUUAGAAAUAUGAGUCAUUGCUUUCAAACCGGUUUUCAAAACAUUUGCUGAUAUGCCCCUUUCACAUCAGUGAAAAAUAAUAUUUCAAAUUAAGAUAAACUUCCUGUAGAAAUGUUGCACAGAUCCACAAGCCGUGUGCUUCCCGUUGACAAACUACACUUUCUCCCCAGUUAAGAUUACAAACCGGUGUUCGGAGCACGCUAGAUGGCUAAUUAGCAAAGGUGGCCACCUAUGUCUUCUGUAAAUAAGCAAUGUAACAUGGAGAUAUGGCCUUGUGGGAACACUAACCCUAUAAAGGCGUGUAGUAAUAUAACUUAAUUUUUUUCUGAUGUUUCCAAAACCGUACCACAAGCGAUGAGUGUACAUUUUAGAGCAAGCGUCGGGGCUCUUACCAGAAGUCCCUCUGUCAGAAGAUACUAUCGUCAAUUGGCGCUAAAGACUGGGGUAGGGUCACCUGAUACCUUAUAUUUCAAUUACUGUCAUUCUGACUGGGAAAUGAAGGGCAGGGAGAGUAGAGGCCAUAUAAUGUAGGUAUUGUUUGUGUAGGGCAAUAAUCAUAUAUAUAUUUUAACAGGCUGAUUCAUGUCUGACUACUACAUAGAUAACACCCUGACCCUCUCCAAUAAGUUCCUGAUUGUACAGGUUGUUUAUGAUCCAACAAGCUACUCAUGAUGACCCUAGCUCCGAAUUGUAACUAGGAUCUGUCUUGGGCAAUUCUGUCACACAUAGAAUUGCCCAAGACAGAUCCUAGUUACGAUUUGGAGCUAUGACGACCCAAUAUUUUCUGUAAUAGGCAGACUUCUCCAUAGGAUGAUAUUUAUGUUGGACUUUAAAGCUGUUGCAUGUUAAGACUAUUGCGUAAAAUGCUGUGAUUGCAUUUGAGCCCUUCCUGGCUGUCCAGGGUACGGAUAGAUUUGGCCAAUGUGACAUGUGGAGAUUUACUGUUAAGCAGGUGCUAGAUGUUCUCAGCUGGUAAAGCACGGCGCUUGUAACGCCAAGGUAGUGGGUUCGAUCCCCGGGACCACCCAUACACAAAAAUGUAUGCACGCAUGACUGUAAGUCGCUUUGGAUAAAAGCGUCUGCUAAAUGGCUUAUUAUUAUUAUUAUUAUUAUUAUUAUGUUUUGUUUUGUCUGCAUUUUCUUCAGUCCUCCCUUGACCCCCUACCCCUCCCUCUGCUUCUGGUGAUGAACGGUGUGGUGACAGCUCCCUGCCACGUUGCUUAACCCUCAAACAGCCACACAACCAACCUAGACUCGGGGGUAGACGUAAACAUUUAGUAUGAUAUGUUACUUUUCAGUUUGGUAUGUAUUAAUUUGUGGAUGUCAGUUAUCCAUUUCGUAUGAUAUGAAUUAAAUUUCGUAUGAUAUGUUACGAAUUCCAAUUUGUUGCUGAAGUUAGCUAGGUGCAGGGCUCUAAAGUUCGACCAGUUUGGUGGCAUAUGAGACAAAAUAGUUUGCUGUGCGACCAGGAAUUGUAUUUUGUGAGCACUGUGCAACUAAAUAUAAUCUUCCAGAUAAUAGUUGUAAUAAGUCAUCACAAACCUCAUGUAUUUAAAGAGACAGUGUACCAUUUAUGUAAUACAUCUCAAUAGGAUAUUAAUGCUUUUACACAAUGUAGAAACCUAAUAUUUCACAAAUGACUUUGUAAUUUCAAUGACAGGUAUUCGUAACAACAUUUUAGCUUUUAUAAUAAACUAAUGUAUUUACAGUGUUACAUACAUUUCUAAGGGCACAGCAUGUGCUUCAGAAGUAGCUAUAAUUCAGAUAGGCCCUGUGUGUGUGUGUACACACAUAUAUCAACUUAGCUAACAUUAGUGUUAGCCACCUAGCCAGGGCUCAAAAUGAACAUUUUUCACCCAAAAAUAUAUUAAUUUUUUUGGGAUGCUCUUAAAUUUCAUGUGGCGCGCCUGACUUUUUAAAGUUGGGAGCAUCAAUGCUAUCAAUGAAAAAUGUUCAUUUUGAGCCCUGGCUAGGUGGCUAACACAAAUGUUAGCUAAGUUGCUAACGUUAGCUAGCCUAGGGGUUAGGCUUAAGGUUAGGGGAAGGUUUAGCUAAGUAGCUAAAAAGUAGUUGUUCAAAUGCUAAAGUUGUCUGUAAUUGAGAUUCGAACACACAACCUUUGGGUUGCUAGAUGUUUGCGUUAUACACCCAUCCAUCCACCCCGGUCAACCACCCUCCUUUUAGUUUUUUGCCUUGAGUGACCUUUUGUCUUUAUGUAACCAUAGCAAAUGUAACAUAUCAUACUUUGUUGCGUCUAGUCUGAGACCAGGCUGACACAUUACAUUUACAUUAUUUAGCAGACGCUCUUAUCCAGAGCGACUUACAGGAGCAAUUAGGGUUAAGUGCCUUGCUCAAGGGCACAUCGACAGAUUUUUCACCUAGUUGGCUCGGGGAUUAGAACCAGCGACCUUUCGGUUACUGGCACAACGCUCUUAACCACUAAGCUACCUGCCGCCCCACAACAUGGUGUAGGCCCCUACUCUGUUACUACAUUACUUAACCCUGAAACAGCCACACCACUGCCCCAGUGAGACUGUGACUUAACAGUGUGUUAAAGGUUGACGCUCCUUCUGAACAUGUCUAUUUGAACUGUAUAGAACUGUCUAUUUGCAGAUGGCGACGGCAGGGUUUGUCCACUGCCCCAGUGUGAACGAGCCUGAUGUGGCCUGCUGCUUCUUCUGUCUCAGAGAGCUGGAGGGCUGGGAACCUGAGGACAACCCCUGGUAAAUUUGGUCCUUACACUAGAACUAUGACCCAGAGUUAUUACUGGUCAGAGAAAAAGCUCUGUGCCCGAACUGUAUAAGAAACCAUCAAGUAUUCCUCACCCUUCACAUUGGAUUCAAUACCAUUAUUGUUCAGUGGAAACGUUGUACCUUUUGGACAUUUUGUAUUAUCAGCAAAGCUUUUCCGUUGUCGUCAUAAGUCUUUAAUUACCUAUAUGUCUGUCUCUGUUGUCUGUAGGUUUGAGCAUAUCAAACGGUCUCCUAACUGUGGCUUCCUGGCCAUGAAGAAAGACUUUUGUGAGCUGACUGUGGCGGAGUUCUACCAUCUGGAGCAGGAGAGACUGUGUAUCUACAGUGUAUGUCACCAACUAUAUAUAUUAUUUAUGUUAUUGUUCCCAAUGGGAAAAUGUGUCUUGGACACGCCGUACUGCUGUAUAAAGAAUAAACAUGAUAUUGUCGAUGCCAUACACAUAAUAUACAGGUAACUGCCCAAAUAAUAGAAACACCUGAGUAAAUGAGGGAUACAAUUAUAUUGAAAGUAAGCGCUUCCACACAGGUGUGGUUCCUGAGUUAAUUAAGCAAGUAACAUCCCAUCAUGCUUAGGGUCAUGUAUAGAAAUGCUGGGCAGGCCAUUAUUUUGGCUACCAUGGCCAUGCCCCCAUCCACAGGACAUGUGGUCACUGAAUGGUUUGAGGAUGAAAAUGAUGUUAACCAUAUACCAUGGCUGUCUCAGUAACCAGAUCUCAACCCUAAUUGAACGCUUAUGGGAGAUUCUGGAGCUGCACCCGAGAUUGCGUUAUCCACCAUCAACAAAACACCAAAAUAUGGAAUUUAUCGUGGAAGAAUGGUGUCGCAUCCCUCUGAUAGAGUUCCAGACACUCUAUAUGCCAAGGUGCAUUGAAGCUGUUCUUGCUCGUGAUGGCCCCACUAUUAAGUCACUUUAUGUUGGUGUUUCCUUUAUUUUGGCAGUUACCUGUACAUCUCAUACAAGGCAAAUGCAUGAUAGAGUACAUUGCACAUUGCCCCUGGAUGUUCUGCUGUGUAGACUCAUCCCUUCACUGAAAGUUGUGCUUUUGAGUUUCUUUAAGUUUAAGCGCUAUAUUUGAUACUUGCUGUAGGGUUGCGGUCAUUUUCAGUUUACUUCUGUAGGCCUAAGCUAUGCAUUACUUGUAGUUUGCCUGUGCCAAUAGCAUGUAAUUUCUACUGUUGUAGAGGAAGACUAUCCAUCUGAAGAUCGCCAACUUUCGAGAUGAGGUGGAGAAAACGGUUCAUUACAUGAGGACGCUGUUUGAUUAG